AUUCUUAUCCAGAGAGAAAAACAUUAGGGACUCGAAUGAAUAGGAUUCUGAGGAGGGGGCGCAGGCGUCGUGUUGUUGGGGUAGGGGAGGCUGGGAGCCGAGUGGGUGUUUGUUAUUGUCCAUUAUUUGGUAAACAGGAGUGGCAUGACCCCCCCCCCCCCGACUCCUAUCAACCCUACAGAUAAACCACGGGUGUACCAAGGAGUGAGAGUGAAGACCACAGUCAAAGAGCUCCUGCAGAGGCACCGAGCCCGCGAGGCCAACCGUAAAAAAGUCAAAACGAUACCUCAAGACUGCUUGGAUCUUCAGGGUUUAUGUGCGUCACCUCUUCCGAGUAGCUAUGUGGAUCCCCCCGCCACUCCCAAUGUGGACCCCGUCACUUGUGGCUCUGCCGCGGUGCAGCCGCGCCCCGCCUCCUUCAUUGUACCCGACAAAGGGUGCAGCAUCCAGGCAACGGAGAGCGGUUUUCCGUGCAGCCAGCAGCCGUUUGGGGACAUGAUGGUGCCUCCUGACUGCUUCGGUGGAAACAACAUCCCCAACGACAGCGAUUGUUGCUACAACAACAUCUCCAUGCCUCUCCCCCCUUCCUUGCCGCUGUCCUGGAGCCACGGCCUUCCCUUGGACUCAGACAACUAUGGCCACGGGCUGGUCCCCUGCUCCUCACCAGAGUCACUAAAGCUGUGCAGCCCAGUGGAUCACAAUAGCUACUCGCCACAGGAUUCUUUCUCCUCCUCUUCCUCUUCCUCUUGCUAUGACUCGCCCACAAGGAUGGAGUGCAACACCAUUAGCUACUCCGCAGAGAACUACCACAACCAGAACUGCACCCUUCAGGACUGUUACUGCAUGCCUCAGUGCUGGGCCAACCUGCAGGAGAGCUUCUGCCCUCCUGAAUACUCCCCUUACUACCCUACCACAGAUUAUACAUACCCCUGCCUCAUGGAGGAGAAUUAUUUCAAGAGCAAUUUUGCAUUGGGCACUGAAAUGUGUUAUAAUGUAUUAUGAUGAUGUGUUCAAUUCUUUUCAAGCGCGCAAUAAGGAUCCGCUUGUGCGUGUCUCGAAGCAAGGGUGGAGUGGAUAAGAUGAAUGGAUAUUGGAUGGAUGAAGUGGCUGAGUUUAUCAGGGUUUUUCUUUUUUUUUUUACUCAGAUUUAUUUUCAUACCCAUGACAAAUCUGUGUUUGUAAUAAAAUAUUAAAACACACUCA